AUGUCGGCGGCCGUGAGAUCGAGGUCGAUCAGGCCAGCGGUGGUGGCUGGGUUGGCUUCGGCUGCGGUACAGUCCAUGCACUUCCCGGCCCAGGGGAUGUACGCCGGCAGGAUCUUCGAUCUCCAGCGGAAGUCCUGGAGGAGGUGGGACGACUUAUGGAAACGGAGUAUCUUCCAGUCUAGCUUGUCGAAGGUUGCCUCGUCUCAUACAGAGGUUGUCAAUGGAGGGGACCCUCUUCCAGGUGUUUCUUCGUCGGAGAGCACCGGGAGGACGUCGGGCGAUCCACCUGAGAUCUGGCAGCAGCCUGGUGACUCGGGGAUUUCCGUGCCGUCUGGAAACUUAUCGGGUCGAAUCAACGUAAUCAGAGUGGGUGUUGGAAGAGGUGUUGGGGGCGGCGGAGGGGGAAACUUGGGGUCGACGGGUGGAGAUGGGAGUGGCUCGAAGGAGGAAGGAUGGGGCGGUGCUGGUCUCGGGAACGAAUUCCCAACACCGAAGGAUGUAUCCAAGGAGCUUGAUAAAUUUGUUAUCGGACAGGAGCGUGCGAAGAAGGUAAUAUGAGAAUCCUGGUAUGAAAACCAAAAAAGUAAGAAAAGUGAAGAAGAUACAAAUCACGAUCUCCACGUCCCUGUGAUUUGAUAUUAGCUGUGAUCCUAUUCAUGAAAUAUGCUCUUAUUAGUUAAAUAUUUUGCAUCAAUUAGCAAAUUUCUAAGCUAUCGAAAUAUUGGACAGAGGAGCAAUCUCAGUGUUGCAUUAUUUCCCUUGUGCAUGUUAUACUCUUGAUUUUUAGCACCCUUGUGUAGGCUACACACGUGAUUUUUAGCAAUGGAAUGCUUUUCAUAUCUUCUAUCACGUAUUUUGAUCAUCUAGGUGAACAAGCACCAUUGAGGAAAGUGUAUGCAUGAAUUCUACUGCAUUUUUUAUAAAAUAGUGCAUUGCCAGUGCCAUGUGGAUUCAAUUUCAAGAUAAAAAUGGAAUUUUAAAUAUGUGAAUUAUAGGAUCGAUUAUUUUUAAUCCUCAGCACAACUUUCGUUUUAUCAAUAGGAUUUAUUGUUGCUAUAAGUUAGAUUGAUUUCUUCAUUCUAAGCUGCUAUUCGAGCAUGUGUGGUGGACAAAUAAUUACAGCAAAGUAUCAAAAGGCAGUGAUAGCUUUUCUUGUCAAAUGGUGUGGUCACAUAUUGCUCGUUGUGCAACCUCAGAAACAUCUUGCUUGAGUUUGGCUUCAUCCAAGUUAGAACUUGAUUUUUUUCUCAAAGGGACGGCUCUGGUCUCCAAACAUAGUAUGCAAGCUGCAUUUCUAAUGAAUAAUAUAGUUUUUAAUUUUUUCAAAUAAUAUACAAUGUUCAUCAGGUUUUAAAAAAAUCAUCAUCUUGUAUUUUAACGUACUCCGUUAUGCUUGUGUUGGGGACAAACAAAUUGGUUCAGUUCUUUAUACCGUAGGACGGGGAAUUUGACUAAAUUUUCUUCCUGCAGGUACUCUCCGUAGCUGUGUAUAAUCAUUACAAAAGAAUCUACCAUGAAUCUUUGCCAAAAUGGUCAGACUCAGAUUUUGGUUUAUGAUCCAAUCCGAUUUAAUCUUUUUUUCCUAUUUUUUUUCAUCAGCAUGAUUACCAUGAAGUGCUUCACCACUAAUUGGUAUGAAUUAUGGGUGUCAUUAUUCUUGCUUUUGUUGACUUUUAUGGUUUUUGUCAUGAUGCUUAAUUCUAGGUCCGCAGGAGAUUCAAGUAAUGAUAUCACUACUGGAAAUGACAGUGAUAUGGUGGAGCUGGAGAAAAGUAAUAUUCUUUUAAUGGGUCCAACAGGAUCAGGUAUCUUCAUCUUUGUAUAUUUAUCAAAUUACAUAGUCAACUUUAAAUGUUCCAACGUGAGUUAUGCUGUAUUAUCGUAUUAUUAAACAUGUUUCUCACUCCUUGUAUUCAUUUUUUCUUUUGCUGUGUUUAACCAUUAGACACAUGCGGCACAGUGGUGUGCCUUUAUGUUUAAUGUUUAUUUAUACAUUUGCAAUGUUUCUUAAGGACAGGGAAGACAUUAUUGGCAAAAACCUUGGCAAGGUUCGUGAAUGUGCCAUUUGUUAUUGCUGAUGCAACUACACUAACUCAGGCAAGUUUACAAUCUUUCCAGCUAACAUUUCUCUCGUGUACAAGCUGAUGAAUUUUUUUAAUUUAUAUUUGAUUUAAGUUAAAGGAACUGUUGCUCUGGAUUGACAAGUGUAAACUAAGUUUUCACCAGAUAAUCCAAACACACUAACUUCUCCAUCUCGUUCUAGUUUUGAAGGAUUGAGGCUUAAGAUUGUAGUCAUCUUUGGGACUAUCUUCUUGAAUAUUUAUCGUAUGAACUUCAGGAAAUUGUAUUUAUUCAACAUGAAUUGCUUCUUUUUUGUUGCAUUGUCAGUAGGGCAUAAACUUGCAAGUCAGAAAUAUCAACUUAUCAAUUCAGACUAAUGUUACUAUAUCAUGUAUAUGGAUUUCUUUGUAAGCGGUUAUGGAAGGUGUGCACUGGACAUUAUGGUAUUUGGUUAUAAGUGACGAAACAAGACUGCAUCAGGAGAACAGGAGGUUGCGAUGUCAAAUCAAAUGCUUCUAGCGAUCUCUCUAUUGCAUGUGGGAGACAUUCUUUUGGUGAAUGAUGCGACAAUGGCCAGGUCUAUGUUUCUCCAGGCAGGAGAGAGAAAUAUUUAGGCUUUUGAAAAACUAAUGGUGGAGGCUUUCAUCACUAGAAGAGCGAUUUCCUUCAUGUGAUGUCGUAGCAGAGAACACUCAAACCAUAAUGGCAUCGAUUUUUAACUCUUGAUAUGUGAGAAGAAGCUAGUGUCUGAGAUUGAGAGAUUGACAGAUGUAGAAUUUUCAGCUUGAUCCACUACUUGCCCUUCUUGUCUAAAUAUCAAUUGAUGCGCUAGAGAUGUAUGCAUGGAGAUGGAAAUAAGACAAUAAUGGAGACUUACUAUUUGAUCUUCGUACAAUUUUAUGUGAGACUGUGGAAUGAGACGAUGAAUAACCUCUAAUAUCAGGUGAUUGCCUUCCUCUUUGAAGAUGAAGAUCUUGUUCUGGAGGAUACAACAUGGGAGAGUACCAGCUUUUGAUCUCCUUGCGCCCAUUAUCCAUCAUUUGAGGACUCCCUAGAGCCUGUGGGGAGGAUGAUCCAUUAGAUCACCUAUUUGUUGACUGCUCGUUUUCAUUGGAUAUUCAAUGGCAUAUCUCUGGAAUAGUUGGGGAGCGGUGGAGCAGUACAGCUAACCUCAGCAUUUGAUAGUUGUAAAAGAUUGAAAAAGUAGGUUCCUCGUAAGGAAUGUUACCCUUCUGACAGUUUGGAAUGAGAGGCGCGUUAUUUUUACCACCUAGGCUUUUUUUUAGAGAGGUUUCAUCUCUUUGAACUAACGAGGAUAAUAGGCUCCGUAAUUUUGUGAUGGGGAAAGAAUCAGUCCUCAGUUUUGAGGGGAUCAGCGUUCUAGCUUUUUAUGUACGAAACGUUACCAAACCGGGUGAUAGUUUCAGAAAAGGCUUUAAGUUGUUGAAAUCUCAUCGACCUUGUAUAUUCCUCUCUUUUUUGUAUUCUAUGCAUGUGGUACCAUUCACUUCAAAACAAAAAAUCAUUUAUAGAUUUAUAUAUCUAUCUCUGUCCAAGGAAGAACCACUGUGAAUAACCUAGCACUAACUAAUAACCUAAUUGAUAUCAUUUUUCGAGCUUUCCCAGUCUAACGUUGAAACGUGGCAUAUAAAUUUCAAAUCCUAGGCAUUGGCCUUCUUAGCCUAACACUCGACAUAGGUCUACUAAGAAGUCAUUGUCAAAGAGACAUAGGCCUGCAUCAUUCCCAGCAAAACUCAUCAAAUCUGGCUGUCUUUUCAAGCUGCACAUAUUUCCUUGCCAUGCUUUUUCUUGAAUUUCAUAGAUUCGCGAUGACUUGGAGCAAUCAUGAAGAUAGCCAUUUUUGGUUUGGUGCUUGAAUUUAAUUUCGAUUUGUUGCAUGCAGGCGGGAUAUGUGGGUGAGGACGUGGAAUCUAUAUUAUACAAGCUUUUAACGGUAUUGUUGAGCCUCUCAGUUAAAAGUCAUCAGUUAUUUGUCAGACUUAAAUGAUAAAAAAAUCUUCCUUUCUAUGUAAUUGUUUUCCAAUUGAGAAUUUUGGGCUUCUUUUGGUAGUUUCCAUAUCACUGUUUCUUGUCUGAUGGUGGUGUCAUUUAAUAUGCUGUUGUUUAGUGAGCGGCAUUGAGUGGAAGGAAUCUCAGCUGAAAUAGUUUUGGCUAGGCUAACAUCUUUUCUGUUUUUGAUCCAGGUUCAAAUGGUCAAUGUUUGAAAAAUUGUUAUCAUGCGGGGUAUUUGCCAGAAAAAUACAUCCUUUAAUGUGAAAACUUAUAUUCUUGAUGAAAGGAAUGGAUCUGAAACGACUAAAAUUGGGUUUUUUUUUGCAUCAUUUAUGUCUAAUAUGUCUAAUUUAUGCAGUGCAUUUUCAUCAGAGUCCGACUGGUGCGAAUGGCUAUUUGCUAUUGCAAGAAUUAAUGGAUUCUCAGUUUAAGUACAAGGAGUUUGAUUUUGUGUGAAUUUUCAGAACAGAAUUUCCAUGACUGACUACUCCAGUGGCUGGUUCGGUUCUAAAGAUUUUUGAAGAGGAUUAGGUUUUUCUCUACAAACUUUAGCUAAAAAAAUGUUAGAAACAAAGGAAUGGAAAAGUGUAUACCUAGUAUUUGCUGAUGAGGGGAGUCUACUCUCCGUUGAGUAGUUCUCUAAGGCUCUGAAAUGUGGAUGGUGGUUGCUUGUCUAUCAUGGUUGAAAAGUUGUUUGGUGAAUCUUGGACGUGAAGGUGUAAUAGCUUGGGAGAUUAUGAAACAAUCGAGAUGGCAGCUGUGGAUUCCUUGGAGAGAAGAUGUGACAAAACAGGGGGCGCAUGUCUGAAGUAGACUGGUGGGCAUUCAGUUCCACUUGUGCUCGCGGUCCUCUGUACCCUGAUCAAUAGAUUGGGUUUUCUCAUCUUACCCAGUUGUCAUAUUAGAAUCCAUUUAUCAAUAGAAAUUAACCUAUUCUUAAUUACUUUCAAACUCUGUUAUUCUGUUUUUUAAGAACGGUUCGGAUUUACAGAUCUUAGUCACUUUCUUUUUGUUUGCUAAUUUAGAAUCAGUUAUCUGGAGUUUAUUUCUUUAAAUGUUGCCCUCCAGUACCGUAUGUUCAGUUUUUCUUUCUUUUGUUUUUACAUUUCAGUAAUAAUAUGUUUCUAACCAUUGUUGUUCUUAGGUUGCUGACUUCAAUGUGGCUGCAGCCCAACAGGGCAUUGUAUACAUAGACGAAGUUGAUAAAAUUACAAAAAAGGUUACCAUGUGAAAAUUUUAAGGUGCACUUAUGUGGCAUGUCAAUAAUAUGUUUUUCUUCCUAAUAGAUUAUGUUUUUUUUAAUAGGCAGAGAGCCUUAACAUCAGUAGGGAUGUCUCUGGUGAGGGUGUUCAGCAGGCCUUGCUGAAGAUGCUAGAAGGAACUGUGAGUUUGAAAUUUUGGCAUGCUCACCAUCAGACCCCGUCUAUAUUACCUCAUAUGCUUUUUCUUUUUCCAAUUUGAAUUAAUGUAUUUAAAUAAAAAAAUCAGCAUUCAUGAAAAACGUGUGCUAUCUCUCUUUUUUUUUUUUCUUGCUCUAGGUUGUUAAUGUUCCAGAAAAAGGAGCCAGAAAGCACCCAAGAGGGGACAAUAUUCAGGUACAUCGUUGUAAUGUAUUAUACGCUUGAAAGAGUAAGCUACAAGUCCUUCUCUCUGAGAGAACCCCCAGGGGGGUGGUGUGUUGGAAGGGGGGGGCGGCUGGACUGUGAUAUGGGAUAGUUUUCUAUAAGGUAUGGGUAAUCUAAUCUACAGAAUAGAGUAGUGUGAGCCUGCUCGUACAUUUGAACUUUCCUUGCGCAAUAGCCACUACUGAUCUUCAGCUCUUCAUCCAGUCCUUUUUACUUUCAUCCACCGGUCUUGGGAGGUUCUUUAGUUCUUUACUUUAUGAAGUUUUAGAAUAGUACUGUUUGGAAAGCGGGUUCCAAAGGCCGACUGCACACUAUUUCACACUGUGGACUCCUUCGCAGAUUAUUAUAUAUGCCUGGGUAGAGAAUGUUUUUAAGAGGAGAAAGUAUGUGCCCUUCUAUAUCUAUUUCCAAGUUUUCUUCAUAACAGCAGUAUCGAUUUCUAGUUUAUUGCUUUGACAAUUCUUGAUAUGCUACUUUGCAGGUAGAUACAAAGGAUAUUUUAUUCAUUUGUGGCGGUGCAUUUGUUGAUCUAGAAAAGACAAUCUCGGAAAGGUCUUAGUUAUCUGAAAUGGUGAUAUAGACAUCUUAUUUUUUCCCUUCAAUCUCGUAACGGAGAGUUGCUUAUUUCCAGACGCCAUGACUCAUCUAUUGGUUUUGGGGCUCCAGUGCGUGCAAACAUGAGAACUGGUAACCUGACAAAUGCGGUUGUGACAUCAUCUUUGCUAGAAUCAGUAAGUAGCGGCAAUAGUUUUCUGACGCCAAACUUUAACGUCUUUCUGACUAUUGAAAAGUAAUAGUACUUGCUAUGUCACAACUUUAUAGGUUGAAAGCAGUGAUCUUGUUGCAUAUGGUCUAAUUCCAGAAUUUGUUGGAAGGUUUCCUAUAUUUGUCAGUUUGUCUGCCCUUAAUGAGGAUCAACUUGUUCAGGUAGCUUCCUUUCUCCACCGUAAUGCUCUAUCUUCGAUGGUUUAGUCUGUUGUUCUAGUUUUUAAUUCAUAGCCUUGUGUUCAGGUGUACUGAUGCUAAAAUUUGUGUCAAAUGUAUGCUGUUCCGAGCAAGGAUGUUGUCAUUUUGAAAAUUAUAUGACUUUGCUGAUGACUACUUCUUACCUUUAGUGAUAAAAGGGUUUAGAUAAAAUAGCGAAGACGUUUCUUGUGGCCAUUCUGUGAUUAAAUAAUCAAUGCUAGAGUGAUCUAGCAGCUGUCUAAUUUUCUCUAAUCUUUUCUGUCUCAGGUCCUAACAGAGCCCAGAAACGCAUUAGUCAAGCAAUAUAAAAAAUUGUUUCAGAUGAAUGAUGUAAGUUUUUUAGCUGAGAGAAUGAUAGUCAAUUGUAUGUUUUAACUUUUAGGGUACCUGCUUUCCACUUGUGAGUUAAUAGGAACCAACUUUUGGCAAUAUCUUGGAAGAACAACUCAGUCAUAGUUGUCAGUGUACCCUUUGUUUCAGGUCAAACUACAUUUUACUGAAAACGCUUUGAGGCUAAUAGCGAGGAAAGCUCUGGCAAAGAAUACUGGUGCACGUGGAUUGCGAUCAAUAUUGGAGAAUAUCUUGACAGAAGCCAUGUAUGAGGUGUGCUAAUUUUCAUUUGUUUGCUAAAGACGGAUAUCCACAACCAUAUCAUUUAUGCAUAACUAAAAGACGAGUCCAAUUUCAUCAUAUUUUUUGACAAGACCAAAAAACUUCUUAUGCAGCAUUGCCUUAGAUUCUCAGCCUCGAAUGUUCACAAUCGGAAUGUCUUGUUGAUCUGAUUAUGUGCUUUUUAUAUGAUCAGUUAAAUGUCUCGCUUAUCUCUUUGAUGCCCGACGUAGCCUUUCAUACUCCAUGGAAUGUUCUAGCUAGUUUUCUCGUCUAGUUUUUUUUUGGUGACGUCUUAUCAUCUUCUAUUAUCUAUUUUUCUUGUAAUACUCUUCGCUUUCUGGUAUCAAGAUCUUCUAUUCCCCCACCAGCAGCAUAACUUAGUUCCAAUAUCAUAAUCCUAGUCUAGGAACUUCUUAAUGCUUUGUUAUUCCAAUUUUCUGAAUCCGGAUUUAUUACGACUUGCUAUGCAUUCCUUUAAAACUAGUUAAAUAUUUCAAAUGGUGUUAAUAUAAAUUAGGGCACUAGGGGCUUGUUUUGUUUCCCUCAUUUGACAUGAUAGCAUUUUUCCUUAGGUUUCUUUUGCCGGAAAUACUAGAAAAAUAGAGGAUAAGUUGAAAUCUGUCGCAUAAUGGGUGCCUCGAUUUAAUAUUUUAACCUCAUAAAAAUUUAUGUUAUGAUAAAUAUAUAUCUAUUAUAAGAAUGUUAAGUAGUUAAUAAAUGUAAGGUAAUAUUGAAAAAGUAAUAUAAAGUAGUUAAUAAGUGCAAGAAAUGUAAAACUACAUUAAGUAUAACUAUUUAUUUUUCUACACUAAUAUGUAUGAUAAUUCCAUUUAAGAAACUUUUUCUUAUCCUGUUUUCAUUCUUAUCUUCUUUCUAAUUUCUAAAACUAAAAUAAAAUAAUAAGAAGUUUUUAUGAGUUUGCGACUCUAACUGAUUUCAUGAUAAAGUCUAUUCUUAAACCCUGGAGUCUGGAUCUUUUUCUUCGCCUUCUGUUAUGAUGUAGCCUUAGCCACGAACUGUUGUUGUCCAGUCUGAUCCUAAUUCUUGAUCUUUCAUAGAUUCCCGACACCAGCACAGGGAAAGACAGAAUAGAUGCCGUUGUGGUUGAAGAGGAGUCCGUCAGAUCCUGGGGAUCAGGGGGGCGUGGAGCUAAAAUCCUUUAUGGAGAAGGUGCACUGGAACGGUAUCUUUCUCAGCAGAAUGAGGGUGAACCAGUGGUAUGUGCUAGUGACUCCCACAAUACAAGCUUGGCAAGCUUCUUCUUCGUUCUUCUGCUGACUUUUGUUAAGAUUUGUAUCUAUCAUACAUAUAACUAUAUAUUAUCGCAUUUAUGGAUCAUUCAAUGGGCAUGUAAUUGGAGUUCAUGCCCAGAGUAGCAUACCCCUUUUUAUUUCUUCAUGAAAUUAUUGCCUCUUGCUCUUCUCUCGUCCUUUAAAUUUAAAGUAAAGCUUCCCCAUAUGGUACACCUUCCCUCUCUCUCCCUCCCAAACCUGAACAGUUGAACCGUUGACUUUUGAGGUGGGAUCUAACUUCCUCCUGCUGUCCCCUCUAAAUUUGGUUGAAAAAUUCAUUAGUCAAUCAGAAUGGGGGUCUGAUGCAUUCAAUCUUGAAGCAUCAUUCGACCAUCUUUCAUUUAUGUUUCCCAAGGUUACGAUGAUUCAGGUCUUAUCAAGCUUCAAAAUGGUUCUGUUGGAAAUCUGUAGGUUGCAUAUUCUUGCUUAGUACUUGUCUAAUUUACAUCUGAUUCGAUUUCUUAGUACUCUUCGACCUUAUACAAGUUAGAAAUGCAUGUUAUUGUGUUACAGAGAGAACCUGAGCUGGAAUCGGAGCCUGUUUCCAGAGUUGCUAGCAUGUAA